AUGCAUUUUGUUGUAGAAUUUCAAGAUUGGAUUCAAGAACCCAAAGAUGAAAGUAUUUCGUCAGUCACUUUUAAAAGAAACUUUGAAACUAAAGUGGAAAGUGAUCUUCAUGAAUUAGAGAAAUUAAAUGAAGAAGAUUAUGAAAAAAGUUGUAGAUAUUUAAAUUAUAUAAUUGAUAAUAUAAGGGAAUUAUUUUUUAGCUCUAAAAAUAUAAGAAUUCCUGAUGUAGCUCGUAAAUAUUUGUGGGAUAAUCAAAUUGAAGGAAAUCUCAAAGAAUUAAUAUCUACAACAACAACAAAUAAAUGUCAAAGGAAUCGUAUAAAUAAUUCACAGAAAGAUAGAGAUUUAAGGUUAAAAUUACAUAAUUAUUGUGAUGAAAGAGAUAAAAGACUAAGAAAUUUACAAGGAAAAGAAAACAAUGAAGAAAACUGUUAUGAGUUUAUGGUGUGGGUAAAACAAAAUAAAGACAGCAUUACUAGGGAUUAUCAUAAUAAUAUGAGUGGUGUUAGAAAUAGAGCAGGGUUUUUUAAAAUAUCAAAUACAUGUGAUCUUAAUAAGUUUGAUAGUCUUUUUCCUGAUCUUCAUUGUUCUUCUAAAAUAUAUAGAAAAGAUGAUGUUUUAAGAGAACCUAAGGAAAUUUUAAAACAGCAUGAAGGAGGAGGUGAUCAAAAUACAGUAGAUGAAAGAAACCAAUUAAAAAGUAAAGAAAAAAAACACAAAGGAAAAGAAAAAAAACCUACUGGUGUUCUUCAAGAAAUUUAUGGAGUCGGACGUAAACCUACUGAAUCGUUUUUUUCUCCGAAAACAUCUGUAGUCGAAGAAGCUGUUAAUGAAUAUACUACUGAUGAUUGUGCUGAUGGUAAAUGUGUUGUGUUGGAUUGUAGUAAAGAUGAUUGUAAUUUAAUUGAAGUAAGUAGUGAUGAUGAAGAACCUGAAAAAGAGAACCUACCAAAUUCCAUUGAUUCUUCUCCAAAAGAAUGUGAGGAAAAACAAUGUACUGAAGAACACAAAAAUAAAAGUGAAUAUCAGGAAACAGAUCAAGUUGGAACAGCUACUGUUGAUCGUUCUAAGAAAAAAACUAAAGGUUCUGUUAAAGGAUCUGCAAAACAUCAAAGGAAUAAUGGAGAAGGAUCACGUGGAGUUACUAAUGAGGGCACUUAUUCAUCGCGAUCACGUAAUGGUAAUAAAAAAACUGAGAAAAACCGUUCCCAAAGACCUAAAAAAAAUAGAGACAGUGGUGGUGAUGAGAACAAAAAAGAGAACAGAUUAAAAGGAAAAAGUGGGAAUGUUAUAUCAGACAGUGAGACGAAGAAGAAAAGAAGAAAAGGAUCUCCCUCUAUUGAAGAAAUCCCUUAUAUGCAAAAUGGUGAUCAUAAUAUAAAAGGUGAAAAAGAAAUUGAAGAUGAAAUGUCUUCGACGAAACAAGAGACACAUGAAUUCGAAACUGAUAGUGAUUUAAAUCAAGAUAUUGAAGGUACGAUUGAAUCAAGACCAAAUGAUGAUGGUAUAAAUAGCAUUUUUGGUAUUCCAUUUCCAAAUUUUUCUGAUUAUACCGAUUUUGAUUUAUCUGAUUUUUCUCUAUCUAAUAUUCCAUAUCCUUCUAUCAGUAUACCUUUUUUUCCUCGAUCUCCACGUAUUUACAAGGGAUUAUAUGGUGGAAUUAGUAGAAUACCACAAGGGCCUACUCACAUUAAUAUAUAUCCACGCAAAGCUGUUGAUACUGCAAGUGAGAUUGUCAAUAAAGUAAGAGAUAAAAUGGGUUCUGGUGAGAAAGAUGCUACUAAAGAGAUAGCUAAGAGAAAGGAAGAUUCAAGUGAAGAUGGUGAACGUGGACAAGAUAAUAAAGUUGGAUCUGAUAGUGAUAUAAAUGAUGUAGGAAAAAAUAGUUCUUCUGAUUCUGGUAGUCAUAAUAGGAGUAGACCCAAUGAAAAUAAAGAUGAUAUGAGAAGAGAAAAAGGUAAUACAUACAAUUUGAAUAAGGAUACUUUUGAACAAGGAGAUGGUGAUAAAACAUCUAAUAAAGAAUCUAAAGAUGGUCCUAAUCAUGAAGGAAGUGAAAAAGAUAGAUCUGAAGAAGAUAGAAAUUUUACUAUUGAACAAGAAAAGGAAUCUGAUGGUGUUGAAGAAUCUAAUGAUUCUAAAUUUCAGGAUUUUAAUGAGAAACGAAGUAUGGAUGAUUUGGUUUCUUCUACUGAUUCAGGAAUGACGAAUGAACUUAAUAAUAACCUUAAUGAUGUUCAGACUGAAAUUGGGAAAGAAAAGGAUCGUGCUAUUGAUGACAGUCAAGAAGAGACCCAAUACAAUACUGUAACUAAGAGUGAUAAUUCACCAAAUUCUGAAACGAAUGAAAUUCAAAACCAUGUAUUUGAAGAUGGUACAUCUGAUAAAUCAGAUUCUUUUAUAUCAGAAACAAGUACUCAACAAAUUAUAAGUAAUGAAAUUAGAACAAAUCAUGAAGAACCUGUUUCUGCUGAUAUCGAAGGUAAUUUUGUUUCAACUUUUCCUGGACCCAUAAAAGAGGAAGUUCCUGUUACAUAUGAUGGAAAAAUGUGUGAAGGAAUUAUUUAUACAGAUGGUGGUUCUCCAUGUAAAAAAAGUAGUAAUUUUAUUGGUAUUAAAAGUUCUCGUAUGGGUCCUUCCUCUAAUGGAGGUAAUAUAAGUAAUGAAAUUUCACGUAUUACGACAGUUUCUACAAUGGGAAGUCAUAGAAGUUUAAAUCAUAAAUCUGAAUUAAUGAUGAGUCAAGUGUUAGAUAUUAAUUCAGUUGAGGCUUCAGCGUCAUUGCCUCAAGGUAUAUCUAUACCAGCACAACAACAUUCUUCUCUUGCUCAAUCGAUGAGUGAAAGGGGGGGAUCAGGACAAACUGAUUCUAAAAGUCAAGAACAAAAAGGAAAAGAAACUGAAAGAGAAGAUUCUACAAGUGUAGGUCCUACAAGUAACGGUCGUACAAAAAGGUCAGCUACACAACACCUUUCAAAAGAAGCAUCAAUAAUUACAACAAAAGGUUUAAAUGGUGGUACACCUAUUAUCAAUAAAACACAUCAAAGUUUUUCUUCCUUCUUUGAUUUUUCAUCCCUUACAAAAAACAUUUUAAUUGCUUUAGCAAUAUUUGGAGUUAUAUUUCUUUUCAUUUUUUCUAAUAAGCAUAGCUCCUUGGGAAUGUUUAAUAAGAAAAAGAAGAAAAGAAGAAGAAAAUCUGUACUGAUUAAUGAGGAUAAUAUGAAUGCAAAGAUGUUAGAAAGAUAUGAAGAUAUUGAUGAUGAAAAUAAUAAAUUUGAUGAAGAUGAUUGUAAUGAUAAUGAAUUAAAUAAAAGAUCACUCAUCUUACCAUAUGAGAAAGAAGAGGAAGAUGUAUACAAAAUAGAAGAUCAGAUUGAAAGGAUUGGUAAUGAAAAAAUAGAAAGAGAAAAAAAUAAAUAUAUAAAUGUGGAACAUAUAAGUGAGGAGAAUACAUAUGAUUAUAAUAAUAUAUAUAAUGAUGAAGAUAUAAAAAGUGUCGAUGUAAUGAGCACAAUCAAAGAAAAGAAAGAAAGAUGGAAGUGGAAAACUAUAAUAGAGAUUCAACUGGUAGUCAUUGAAGAGAUACACAAUGAAGAAUGGGAUAUGAACAAGCACGAUUUUUUAUCUAUAUGUAUCAACGAAUUUAUGAAUGAAAAAAAUAGAAAAUGUUUAUAUAAUGAAGAUGAUGAUUUUAAUAGCACAGACGUAAUGAUAAAAGGACAAACUUUUUUGUGGAAUAAAUGGAUGGAGAGACAUAAAUAUAUUUUAGAUCAAUGGAAAGAAGAGGAAUCAUUUGAAUAUUUAAAAAAUGAUUGGAAGAGAGAAGAAGAGGAAUAUAUGAAAAAAAUAUACAAAGAUUUGUUGCUUAGUUUGAGAGGUGAUACAUAUAAUAUGUCACAAAGGCAAAAAAUUAUUUGGAAAAGAUGGAUUGCUAAACAUCCAUAUAGAAUAAGAGAAAAAAUAAUUGAUCAGUGGUUUCACAAAUUAUUCGAAGAAAUAAAUAAAAAUAACCCAAUAAGUGAUGAAAUAAUAGAUAUAUUAUUAAAUGAUUAUAUAGAAAGUGAUAAAAAUUGUGAAUACAUUUAUAAUAUGAGUGAAAAAAAAGAAAAAUUGAAAUUAAAUUUGUGGAUACAAAUAUAUAUGUGUGUGAUGGAAGAGGCAGAAAAGGAUAGUUGUAUAAAAAAGAAAGAGACAUAUGUGGAUACACUCAUUGAGAAUAUAAAAGAUAAAGAAUAUAUAAUAGAUAUUGUUGAAGAUAUCAAGAAAGAUAUUCAUACGUUACCUAUAAAUCAAUCUUUAUGUAAGUGGAAAAAGGAAAAAUGGUUUGAAGAAUUAAAAAAUAAUUGGAAGGUAGAAGAAAAUAAAAGAUUAAAUUAUAUUCCAUUAAAAAAUAAUAAUGAUAUAUAUAAAGAUGUGAUAGAAAAAUCUGUGACAUAUAUAGAGAAGAAUAUAUUACAUAAAUUAUUGGAAGAGAUAAAUUUUAAAUGGAUUGAUGAGGACAAUGAAAAUGAUUGGUUAAAGGUAAUAGAAAAUAAUAGUAAAGAUGAAAAUAAUAUUAUAUAUAUUAAUAAGAAAAAUAAUGAGAAUACAAAUAUAUAUAUAAAUAAAAAUAUUAACAAAGAGGAAAAUAAAAUGAAAUGUUAUGAGAUAAAAUAUAUGUUUGAUAAUAUGACUUUACAAGGAAACACAGAAGAUUAUCAUGAGAAUAAUUUUUUAGAGGAACACAAAUAUGAAGAUAAUAAAAAAAAUAAUACUUUUAAUAAUGAAUUUAGUGAGAACCCAAUUAAUCAAAAUAAAGAAGAUAUAAAUAGAAAUAAUGAUCAAAUAAAUAUUAUGUUCAAUCAACAUAAUAAUGAAUGGAUACAAGUUAUUAAACUACAUUUAGAUUUAAUAGAUGAAUGUAAAAAAAAAGAAUGGGAAGAAAAUAAAUAUGACUUUUUAGAUAUAUGCAUAGAAGAAUAUAUAAAAAAUGAGAACAAAGAUAAUAGUAGAAACAUUUUAGAGGAUGAAAUUUUUAGUAUGAAUAAAAAUAUAAUGUGGGAUACAUUUAUAGAAACACACAGAUAUAUAUUAGAAAAAUGGAAAAGAGAAGAAUGGUUUCAUAAUUUAAAAAAGGAAUGGGAAGAAGAAAUAUUAAAUUAUUUGAAUUCAUCAAAAAAUAGAAAUGAUGAAAGUAAUAAAAAUUGUAAUGAAUCAAACACAAAUUUUAUGAUUGAAGAAGAAAAAAUUGUGUUUAGAAAAUGGAUCAAUAAACAUACAGAAGAAUUAAAAGAUUGUUAUGAAGGUGAAAAGAAUCCAUUUUUAGAAGUAGAAAUAAAUAAAAAAAAAAAAAAUUACAAGUUAAUUGCAUGGUUACAAAUACAUAUGAUGAUAUUAGAAAGAUUUAAAGAAGAUGAAUUUUUAAGAACUAAAGAAUUAUUUAUUGAUAUAUGUAUAGAAGGAAUAAAAAAAGGAUAUUUAUGUAAGAACAAUGAUAUAAUAAUACAAAUGUUAAAUAAACUAAAAAGUGAUAUUUAUAAUUCAUGUGAAUAUUUAUUAUCUCAACAAAAAGAUGAUAAAAAAAAAAAAAAAGAAGAGUGGUAUAAAAAAUUAAAGAAAUAUUGGAUGGAUAAGGGAAGUACACAUUUUAAUUUCUUAAGACAAAAAGAUAAUUAUGAAACCAUACUUGAUAUAAUAAAACAAUCGAUGUUAAUUGUUUAUAACAAUAUGUUUAUAAAAAAUUAUGAUGAUCAAAAUUUUCAAUGGAUUGAUGAGGAUAAUGAAAAAGAUUGGUUGAAAUUUGUAAAUAUAAAGAAGGAAAAAAGGUUGAGUCAUAAUAUAUGUGAACAUAAACCUUUGAAGGAUAUAAAAAAUAAAAUGAGUAUAUUAAGGGAUAUUUAUAAAACAAAAGAAAUGUUGACCUUUUAUUCAGAAGAAAUAUAA